UCACCAGCACAGGUACAGCAGGGACAAUGGCUUCAAGAGGUAAAGGAACAUCAACUGGACUCGCUGCGUCUAGUAAGCAGGGGCAGGACCAGGGCAGGUCCUCUGAGCUGAGGCUGGUGCUGCUUGGGAAGACAGGAGAUGGGAAGAGUGCCUCUGGAAACACCAUCCUGGGCAGUAAGAAGUUUGAAUCUAAAAUCAGCGCCUCCUCAACAACAAAGAAGUGUAAGAAGAAAACAGCUGUUGUUGCUGGGAGAAAGGUUUCUGUGAUCGACACUCCAGGAAUCUUCAACACAGAUCUCUCUGAAGACGAGGUUAAACUGGAGAUUGGGAGAUGCAUCUCCCUGUGCUCCCCAGGACCCCACGCUUUCCUCCUGGUGAUGCCGUUGGGUCGAUACACGGGGCACAAGCGUGAAACAGUGCAGGAAAUCCAGAAGAUGUUUAGUGAGGAAGUUAUGAGGUACACCAUCAUUCUGUUCACUAGAGCGAAUGAACUAAAAAAGGACGAGACUAUCGAGGAGUACCUUGAGAGAGGCAGCCAGGAGCUCCAGGAGCUGGUUAAAAAGUGUGGAGGGUAUCACACCUUCAAUAACAAGGAGGAGAAUCCCACCCAGAUCACUGAACUACUGGAGAAAAUAGAGAGCAUGGUGGCUGUGAACGGAGGCAGCCACUACACUGAUAAGAUAUACCAGCUAGCAGAAGCAGUGAUCAGAGAAGAGUGGGUUAGUAAAGGAAUAAGCAGAGAAAAGACCGAAAAGUCCAACAGUUUCAUUAGGGCAUUGACCAUACUGACAGGAGCAGCAGUGGGAGCUGGUUUGGGGAUCUUAUUGGGAGGGGGGCUAGCAUGUAUUGCAGGUGGGGCAGCAGUGGUACCAGGAGCAGCGGUAUUUGGGGUAUUAGGAGGAGUAUGUGGAGUGUCAAUUGGAUCAGAAGCAUCAGGGCCAAGCGAUGCAGUACAGAGAGUGAUUAAAGCACUAGUAGACAUAAAAGAGGCAGCAGUCAACACAUUAAAAACAGUACCUGUGCCUGAACACGGCAAGAAACAAUAGAAGCAGUACGUGCCCCUGAAUGCAAGUUUACCAUGGUGAAUUUAUCAGUGUUUUCACACUUUUCCCAUGGCUUUGCUUUGCUUUUCAAAUGGUUUGAACAUGCUUUGCUAUACUGUACCAUGGGAAUACCAUGAUAUUCCAUAAUACAUGUUUACUAUGGUUAACCAUUGUAAGAGGUUCGAUUUCUUCUUAAAAAUAAUUAAUCUUCUUCAGGUAAAGUUAAUCAAAAAUAGUUUAUUCAGGAAUCAAAAUGCAAACAGGAACAAAGAAUCCAAGGUGAUGCAUCAGUGAGCUCACAUAGAAGCUGUUCUGAGCUGGCAUCAGUGCAGAUGUUAUUUACUUCUGAGCCGAGCUGAGUCUCUUCGUACAGCACAGAUAUAGAGCUAGCUUAUGUAAUUUCCUUGACCAAAUGUGGUCUUAUUACCCUAGAAUAAUGCAUGGUGUGAGACACAGCACAUUAAUACUUAACAUCUGCGUUUCUUCUUCAUUUUACCAAUGUCAGCAGAAACCCAGAUAACAAGAAGUUACAUUUCAGGCAGCAUAGUGCUAUACCCACGCAUCACAAGGUCGAACGACAAGGCUGGUGAUUGCAAACACUGAUGUGCACCAGCCAUGUACAGCUUGAUGUUAAGAGUUCAUUAACCCUGCAUUGAUUCAGAGCAGGGUUAAUGAACACAAUGUUUACAGACAGUUUCAAAGAUUUCUCACUUCUUUCAUCAUUUAAAUGGGAAGCAUACGUAACAGGUUGUAUAAUGAAAAGGAAUAAAGGCUGAUGAAACAAUAAGAGCUUGUGCUAUUUAACUGGAACAAUGUGUACCCUGCCCCACACACGGUGCGUACUUAUCAGAAAAAGCCUGCGUGUUCCAAUUGUAUAGUGUAUUAUUAUGAGUUCCAUGACACUUACUUUUGUUAAAAGUGACAAGCUAUAACUUUAGGUAAGUGGUUUUAGAACCAGUUUUAAUUGGUUUGAUUCUGGUUUGUACAUAGGCUUAAAACAGCUUAUUAAGCAGAAGCAAAGGUUUGAUCAUCCCUCCGAGGUCACAGCUGCACUCUGAGUUAUGAAAAGCCAGUCACUCCGACAUGGGUGUAUUUGGGGCCACAUGCCAAGCUAAAGAGCUACAAGGUCAGGGAAGCACACAGGCAAAAAUCCUUACACCAUGGUCCAGUAUAGUAAAGCACAGUGAAAGCAUGUUAACAUUGGAAAAGCAAAGCAAAACCAUGGAAAAGGUGCAAAAACACAAUAAUAAAUUUACCAUGGUAAACUUUCACAAGAGCAGCUUUGCGUAUUGAGAAUAUAUUAGAGCACAACACUGAGAACCAGUGCAGUGAAUUCUCAUUGAAUUCCACAUUCCAGUUUGAACCGAUUCUCUUCCAGAUGGAGGUCAGUGUGUCUGGCAGACAUGAAGUGAAAGAGAGAUCAUGAUUAGUAAUGACUGGGUUUAUGAAACUGGGCUUUCAUUUGUUUUUAUGGACGUGUUUUUUUUAACAGUAUUUUCCGAACAAUCUUUCAGUUAAUAGUUAAAAUAGCUAGAAUUUAUAGGUUGAAUACAAUUGUACAAUUUUAUGAGCCAAGUAGCAAAUUAUUUUGAAAUUUUCAUUGUUCAUCUUGAAACAUUCAGUUGUUUGACUAUUCGAUGAUUUCACCUGAACUAUAAACAGCAAUGAUACAACUUCAUCUGUCUGUUGAUCUUUGCUUCUGGUUCACAUUUUCAUUUCAGCUUUUCAGCAGCAUGAUAAAAUGCAACACUGUUUCGUGUCAGUGUGCUCGUAUAUUUCAUUUAAUCAGAUAAAAUGGAAUCUAAUGUAUUUUCAUGGGGGCUAUCGGGGUAAACAUGUUAAGAGUUCAAAGUCUUUUUUCUUACCAUAUCCCACAGAGACAAAAGACAUAACUUGAGUUUUUAUUUUCUUUCAUUCAGUUAAAAAAGUAGUUGAAAAACAUCUGCUACUAUCGUGAUAAUCAGUGUAUGGUGAAAGAGUGGGCUCACGACUAUUGUGAUAAUCAGUGUAUGGUGAAGAGUGGCUCACGACUAUCGUAAUAAUCAGUGUAUGGUGAAAGAGUGGGCUCAGGACUAUCUUGAUAAUCAGUGUAUGGUGAAAGAGUGGCUCACGACUAUCGUGAUAAUCAGUGUAUGGUGAAAGAGUGGGCUCACGACUAUUGUGAUAAUCAGUGUAUGGUGAAAGAGUGGCCCAAGACUAUCAUGAUAAUCAGUGUAUGGUGAAAGAGGGGGCUCACGACUAUCGUGAUAAUCAGUGUAUGGUGAAAGAGUGGCCCAAGACUAUCAUGAUAAUCAGUGUAUGGUGAAAGAGGGGGCUCACGACUAUCGUGAUAAUCAGUGUAUGGUGAAAGAGGGGGCUCACGACUAUCGUGAUAAUCAGUGUAUGGUGAAAGAGUGGCUCACGACUAUCGUGAUAAUCAGUGUAUGGUGAAAGAGGGGGCUCACGACUAUCGUGAUAAUCAGUGUAUGGUGAAAGAGUGGCUCACGACUAUCAUGAUAAUCAGUGUAUGGUGAAAGAGUGGCUCACGACUAUCAUGAUAAUCAGUGUAUGGUGAAAGAGUGGCUCACGACUAUCGUGAUAAUCAGUGUAUGGUGAAAGAGUGGGCUCACGACUAUCGUGAUAAUCAGUGUAUGGUGAAAGAGUGGCCCAAGACUAUCAUGAUAAUCAGUGUAUGGUGAAGAGUGGCUCACGACUAUCGUGAUAAUCAGUGUAUGGUGAAAGAGUGGCUCACGACUAUCGUGAUAAUCAGUGUAUGGUGAAAGAGUGGCUCACGACUAUCGUGAUAAUCAGUGUAUGGUGAAAGAGGGGGCUCACGACUAUCGUGAUAAUCAGUGUAUGGUGAAAGAGGGGGCUCACGACUAUCGUGAUAAUCAGUGUAUGGUGAAAGAGUGGCUCACGACUAUUGUGGAAAUUUACUAUCGUUUCAUCCCUAGUGUCACUGUGCCGUGUAUUUCAUUUAAUCAUUUUCAUGGGGGCUAUCGGGGUAAACAUGUUAAGAGUUCAAAGUUUUCUGUCUUUUUUCUGAUUAUUAUUAGCACAGUUUUGUUAAAAAUGAACUUUGUAUUCUGCUUUACAGUACAAUUUAAGAGUGUUAAUAUCGUCACUGUUCUUUCAAUUAUAUUAAAACUCAAUAAAUAAACAUGUGUGA